AAGUGAAACUUUAAACUACUUGUGUUUACAAUUAUUAUUAGGAUGAAAAUGUUGAGUUUAUUUGAACUGAAUACUGAGUUGCUAUAAAACACACAUUGAUCUCCCAUAAAACUAUGACUUCUCAAUGUUACAUUAUGAACAUGAACAGGGUUGUCUCCCAAAACGGGCAAGAAAAUAUGGACUCGAAACCAGCCCUACCAAAAGAAAAAGUAAUGUCCUACGAAGCAAAAUCUGUUGGUUCUACGGCCUUCUUUAAAUGCGAGGCGUGCCCUUACAUGGCUUUCGCCGAGGAUGAUAUAAAGUUUCACUUAUUUACCGUGCAUCCUGAAUUAGCUAAACGAAACGGUCUUGCAGACAACAUACAGAUCCCUUGCCCAGGUUGUACGAGUGUAUUUGACGCUGAAGAAACUCUUCGAACACAUUUACGCAACCACCACAAGAUGGGUAUAAAAGAUGUUAAGAAAAUGGUAAAAAGUCUAGUUCAAAUUGCUCUUAAACAUGCGAAAUUAAUAAAAGAAAUUACAGUCAACGAACCCAACCCCCCUCAACAACAACUAACAGAGGUGAAGAUACCACAAGUAAUAGAAAUCGUUCCGGAUAUUGUUAAUGGCAAUAAUAAGCAACUACCGAAAGGAGUUGCAUUCAUCUCUGUGGAUGAAUUGAACAAAAUGAGUAUGCCUAAUUUUGAAAAAGUGGACCCAAAAGAAGUUAUUCAAGAAGCUAGUAUAAAUAUUGUGUAUACCAAUGAUGUGUCUACCCAAUAUAUAAAUGUGUCAAAUACAUCAACAUCUAACACCACUUGUAAUUUAAUACAAAUGUCAAGUGUUACCCCAGAUCUGAUUUCAUCAAUACAGCCACGAAUGCCAGCUGUAGACAAGAAUUUAUCAUCACCACAGAUUAAAGAAAGUCAAGAAGACACACAUAUUCCUAUGAAACCUGAGAGAGGAAGGUUAACCCCGUAUCCAAAUAGAAAAGAACCCAGAAACAGUAAUGACAAACAAGAAAAAGAAUAUGUGUGUUUAGUUGGUAAUUGCCAUGCACAUUUCAAGGAGGAAUUAAACUUAUCAUAUCACAGGAGGUGUCAUAAAGAUGGAGAUAUCACUUGCGCAGAAUGCUCAGAAAUAUUUACCACUGUGGAACAGUUGCAUAUACAUUUGUGGAAAAUACAUAAAAUAGAUUUAGAAUUACCUACAUGCGAGGUUUGUGGGUACAAGACAUUCCUCAGGUACAGGUUGAGAGUUCAUAUGAAAUCUCAUGGGACUUUCAAGGCAUAUGCAUGUACUGUAUGUCAAAAAAAAUUCAAAAGCUCCAAUCAACUGUCCAAACACAUGCUAUACCACAGAAGGAAUGGCCCGCCCGUCCAGUGCGAGGUUUGCCAGAAGGGUUUCACCAACGUGAGACUGCUUAGCAGACACGUGGCCACCGUACACGACAAGCUGAAGCCGUUCAAGUGCUGCGAGUGUGAAUACACUGCCGCUAGGAAGGAAGAACUCAAGUUGCAUAUGAGGUCACAUACUGGUGACAAGCCAUACGCUUGCGAUCAGUGCGAGUACCGAUCUGGCGACCACAAUGCUUUGCGACGUCACAAGAAAAAACAUUCCAACGAUAGCGCAUACAAAUGUAAAUACUGCCCGUACACUGCGAUACAGUCAACUAGGUACACUGCUCAUAUGCUCUCGAAACAUCCAGACUUGAACUCAGACGGUGUACAUUGCUGUCCUUAUUGCGCAUUCAAAUCCGUCAACAAAGAUAAAUACUCUGUUCACUUAACCACACACAGAGAUAAAGAAGGGAUCAAGUUGUUAUUAGAAAUGACUAAACUUAAAACCACCAAACCAAGUUGGACCAUACCAAGCGAGGAUUCAGAUAAACAAGAAGAAAUACCAAAUAAAUCUAACGAACAAAGUACUGAGGGUAGUCCAAAAACUGUGAACACAAUACCUAUAGAAGUUUUUGACUGUGAUAGUUUACCUGACAUAAUGCCGCAGGAAUAUCCAAAAAACUAUUGCAAAACUUCAUCUGAAAAUAACCAACAGACGAAUUUCAAUCCUGAAAUCGUAACAGAUUUGAGUAAAGACGACAAUAAUUCGGAUUGCCUAAUUUCUGCGGACUUCAAUAUACAGGAAAGACAUCAAUACAGCUCACAACACCCCUUGCAAAUGACCUAUGACUCUUCUCAAACUAAUCUGCAUUUUCUCCCAUCCGUUUCAUUAGAUCAAAAUUUAUUGCAAAGUAAUAACGUGAAUUCCUUAGCAUCAACCCACUCACCAGUUAAUAACACCAUAGGUAAUAAUAUUAUGUGCAAUUUCCCUAUAAGAUUACCUCCAGCUUCGAUUGCCUUACGCAACAAUAUAACUUUGAAUCCGGUCAGCAAAAUAUCGCUUCCGAUGACGAAGGUCAUCGGUCCAAUUAUUAAACCGAUGCAAAUCCUUCCUGUCCCGUCUUCUAGACACUCGCCAAUCAAUAUUUCUAAUGAGAUAGACGGAGUCCCUAGGAAGAAGCCAAAAAUAUCUGUUAAGAGCAAUUUGAUCUUAAAAGGUCCUGAUCAAGUUAACAUGUUCCAUUCACAACAAAAAAUGGCGUUCAAACAACUCGAAGAUAACGAAAGAUAUGGUCUCGGCGGUGCAGUGACUUUUAACAACUUAAUCACGACUCAGUUUAUGCAACUACCACCCGAGCCUGCAUUGAGCGAAUCUCCAAACACUAUAAUGGCGUACCCUCAAGACAGUAUGCUCGAAGAUUCCGCAAGCACACCUGUAGAUAACGGAAUAAAUGAGAACCCCCAAAUCUUCUCGUUCAACCAACAAAUGAAUGUGAGAUCUAUGACGAUGCUCCCGCCGCAACAGAAAAUACAAACAACUGAUCCAAGCUACAUAAAACUGGAAACUCAAAUCAAACAAAACACUCAAUCGCCCAGCUUAGAAAGGAUGUGCAACGCUAAUUUACUCAGCAACCAAAGCAUAAGUAGAGAAUAUAAAGCGUCACCGCCCUUAGAAGAUAUCCAUAAAAAUAUGAAUGAGAUUAAAAAUGAGGUGAAAUCGGACGCAUUUUACACAAUGGCUCUCAAUAACACAGCUGCUAAUCCACCUUUGAUAGACCAGUACAUGAUAGACAAUAUUAUACCAGAACAAUAUCCAGCUCACUUAGAUCUAUCCAGCGUUGUUUUGCCAGAAGUAUCGGACCAGCAAAGUGAUGUUAUAGAAAUUGAUGAUAAUUCGGACGACAACAAAUUGUUGCCUCGGUUCGAUAUGAAUUUUUCUCUAGAAUCCUUGUGCUUGAUGCAUAAUGAUUUCCACUUCUUGGAAAAUGAUAUCCCGUCUAAUAAUUUACCCACUGAAUUGCCUGUUAACGAGAUGAAUAGAAUGGUGCCAGAAGUGCCUAUUAUAAAUCCGAAGGACAAUUUAGAUGUCGUGCCAGUAGAAAGUAAUGAUUGCCAGAAUUACAUUCAGGGUAAAAAGGAUCCCAUGAUGAACACAUCUGUUAGACCUUCAACUAACAAAAUUAACGUCAAAAAUAUUGAAUUAAUGAAAAAUUGAUUUUGUUUUUAAUGAUUAAGUUAUUUCAUGAUAUAGAUAGGUAAAAUUGAAUGAAGUUAUUGUAAGGUAUAUAUACUUUUUUAAUGAUUAUAAUAAAAGACUGUUAUUGUUUGUUA